AAAAUCGGUUUCUAUAUUUGCAUGCUUCCUGAAAGUAAAAGAUCUAGUUACUUGCAGAAUUUUUAUUCUUAAAAUGUUAAUUUGGUUUUUAGUCCCCAUCAAGCACCCUUUUGGAAACAUUUUUCCUAAUCUGAAUGGCUAAAGUCACAUGUUUCCAAAGUUAUUUUGAUUGGUGUGGAUAAAAAACUGUGAAGGCAGUUCUUGACCGAAGAUGAAGCCAACAUGCAGUUGGGAGCCUGGUGUAAGCCAGCUUCACUUUACAGUCUGUAUUUUCUUCACUGCUUUCAUAGCCAAAGUCACCUGCUUUCUAUGUUGAUAAAGGAAAUACUUAGACAAAUGUUUGCUUGCAGAGUACUUACUUCCCUUUCCUAAUGUCUGAAUCAAGACAGCUAAGAAGAGGUGAUGAGCUCAGCUUUCCCAGAACUUCAACAAAACAGCAAAUUGCAUUGCAGGCCUUGGCACUGUGAUUGACAGCCUCUCCUAAGUGAGACUUUGUGCAUUUACCUGUCCAUUUAACUAGUCAUGCUUAAUUAUUUGUGUUGGAGCCUGUCAGCUGUGUGACAGUGCAACUACUGCUUGGCAGAAGAAGAAAGAAGAGGUCUUAAUUGGUGCAACAAGUAGGACAUUUCCAGUGACAGCGCUUGUGUGGAGACAAAAUAAGUGGCUGCUCCAAACAUCGUAACCUAGAUACCAGGCGUUCUCACUUUGCAUUCAUAAAUACUAGAAAACGCCAUAAAAUGAGAAACUGAUAGUUUCUUUAGUAUUUAUGAAUAGUCAGAGCAAUGAGGGAUAGCACUUACAUUCUAAUAUGCAGACUUAUCUUGUUUCCUUCACUCCAUAUACCAAGACAAAACCCAGAAAUGUGUUGAAUAUUUCUUGCUUUUCUUUAUCUGAUGACUCUGUGCCACUAUUUUACAUCCUUCUGUAUUUGGUUAAGAAUUCCUUAUACUUUGUCAUUUUCAGCACUAGCAAGGUAAGUGCUGCUCUGACUUUAAGCCAGCGCAUUUUCUGGUUUGGAGAGGAAGCUGAUGAAAGAAGUGGAGAGCUACAGACUAUAUACCUCUUUGUCAAAAGGCAUGACUUCGUAAUACUGGCUUGCCAUGGGCAAGAGGAUUUUACUUACCCCAUUUUGUCUUUAAAUGGUUGUAUGUUAGAAGUCUGGUCCUUGGCUGUGUUUCUUCUCUUCAGGGGAAAGUUGUUGUUCUGGGACUUCUUGGAAAUGGCUGCUGUCCUCCCCUGAAAAACGAAUUGAAACAACCCAAGCUAACAGGAUGCCAUGGGAAGGGUGUGGUGCUUGUUAAAUGAUCUUACAGUAAUUUUUUCAGACUUUUGAAAAACAUCAGGUGUUUCCAGCCACUGUAACUUGCAUACCUAACAGAUGCUAUGAAGCUGACCCAGUCAGAGCAGGCUCAGCUGUCACUGGAAUUACAAAGGGAUAGUCACAUGAAACAGUUACUGCUCAUCCAGGAGAGGUGGAAAAGGGCAAAGAGGGAGGAAAAGCUGAAAGCCCAGCAGAAUGCUGACAAGGAAAUAGCUUCACACCUUCAGGCUUCUUAUAAGCCAUCUUCUGAAGACUCUGAUGAUCAAAAUGUACUGGUUCCUGUUACUCAGAAAUACAGUCCUUCCACAGAGAAACAUCCACAUGAUAUUCAGGGUGUCUUUGACAGGGACCCGGAUACACUCUUGUUUCUGCUUCAGAAAAGAAAGGAGCCGGUGGAAGCAUGUAUUGGGAGCAAAGCUCCAAAAGACGACAAAACAAUAAUAGAAGAGCAGGCAACCAAAAUUGCAGAUUUGAAGCGGCACAUAGAAUUUCUUGCAGCUGAAAAUGAGAGAUUAAGGAGAGAGAAUAAGCAUUUAAAAGCAGAAAGAGCGAGACUCCAAAAAUCUCCGGUAGACAAGGAGUUGGAUGUAGAUGCUGACUUUGUCGAGAAGUCAGAGUUGUGGGGUCUGCAGCAACACUCGGAAACUACUUCUUCAGCUGCAACUUGGCAGAAGUUUGCCACAACUGCUGGGAAGGCAAAGGACAUUCCAAUACCCAAUCUCCCACCCCUGGACAUCCCAUCCCCUGAGCUCCCUUUGCUGGAGCUCUCCGAAGAUAUACUGAAAGGACUGAUGAAUAGUUAAAAACCAGGAAAAAUACUCAAUGUACUUACUCAAACUUAAGAAAAGGGAAAACCACCAGGACAGCUGUGCUAGCUGAGGGCAGAAACAUCUAACACAAUCCUGCUGUUGGAGGAAAGGCAUUAAAGCAACUUUGUUACUGUGAAAUACACAUCAUAUCUGAUCUACUUCAUAAAAGUCAGCGGUACCAUAAUCGGUAUAAGGUGGCAAGAUCUUUAGUCUUUCUCCCAUUGUUUCAAACCAAAUGACUGCCUGGAGAAUGUUUCAAGUAACAAAAUCCUUCAGGGUUUUAAAGUAUGCUAUAUGUAAUAGUUAUCUACAAUGCCAUAAAUGAUGGUGCAGAACCUAACUGUUAUGGUUGCCGGUCGGCUGCCACAUAUUGAAAAAAUGCUUUCUAGCAUGAAUUUAAACUGUGCAUUUCAUUAUGCAUAACUUUGCUAAUUCAAGUACCGUGCAAUUUAUACACCUCCUAGAUGGAUUUAUGUGCCACACUCUAUACUCCUGACCAUGUUAACCUGAAGCCAGGAGAGAUGUUAAUUUCCAUUCUAUGAAGGAACCAACUUAUUAGUUCUGUUGACGAGUUUUUGGGGGGUUAUCUGUUUACAUAACUAAUCAGGGUGCAUUGAAUCUAGGUAUUGGUUUCUGUAUAAAGUGACAUUGUUUAAAAAAAGAAAAACAUACUUAAGGAAAAAUGCCCUUUUUGUUUUCAGCGAUGCAUGAAUGGAAGUAAUUCUAGCUGGCAGUAUUUGAUUGAAAAAGAAAUUGUUUACAGCUUAACCUGAUUCAAAAAGGAUAUGAAAAUAAAAAACAAGGUGUUUUGACACUAAA